AUGUUUUUGCCGUGGCUCGUGCUUCUCAUCUCGCUAAUUGGCUUGGUUAGCGCCGGAUGCCAGCCUUCCAAGAUCCUAGGCACUGGUUUCAAGGCGGUGGGAUACCGGUAUCCGCUAGCGUCCAAAAAAGGCUGGGAGAAGGAUUUCCUCCAGAAGGGAUACAAGGAAGACGGCGAGUUUUUCAGCAUCGACGGGCUCACAGACAUUGCGUUCCACUACACCAUCCGCAACAACAGGCUCACAUGGAAUUAUCUCUACGGACAGCACUUGACCAUUUCCAACUUCACCAUCGAGUACACGGGUUUCUUUGUGCCAGACGAGUCCGGCGUGUACACGUGGCUCAUUGACAAGGCAGAUGACGGCGCCGCCUUGUCGUUGGUCACCAUUGGCGGCUGCUGCAACGAGGUUGAUGGUGUCACCAGCAACUUUGCCAUUAGUACCGUGAGAGGAUUUGCUGGCACCGGAGCUGCAUCGUCCAAGUCAACGUCAGCAUACUUGACCAAAGGGUUGGCGUACGCCAUCAAGAUCGUGACAUUUAACUGGAACGGGCCGCUGGCGUUGGCGGUUUCCUACGUUUCUCCGUCGGGCGAGAAAGUGACCCACUUUGACCACAUCCACCAGGUUACGUUCGAAACAGAAAACUGCAAGAAGCCUCCUGUCGUCACCACUACUACCUCCUAUGGCACCAACAGCCUUCGUCCGACCCCGGGUAUAUAUCCUGAUUCCGACUGCUCGCAUGACUCCACAUGUACCGUUGUGUUUGUUCCACCUCAGACAACGACAACGGUGACAACAACUGGUCCGUCCCAUGGCACUUACACCCCCAGUGAUUGUGGAAAUGCUGAUACAUGUACUGUCGUUGUAGUUCCUCCUCAAACGACUACUGUCACUUCUUCACCCAACAAUUUCUAUACUGCUCCAGGUACUUUCACACCGAGUGAUUGUGGUCAAGUCGACACUUGUACUGUCGUUGUGGUUCCGCCUCAAACUACAACCAUCACUUCCCCAGAUAGUGAACAUUCUGUUCCAGGAACAUUCACUCCGUCCAAUUGUGGAAAAGUCGAUACCUGCACUGUUGUAGUUGUUCCUCCUCACACUACAACUGUUACUUCUCCACCAGAUAAUGCUCAUUCUUAUCCAGGAACUUUCACACCCUCUGAAUGUGGUGAAGUCGAUACAUGUACGGUUGUCGUUGUUCCACCCCAAACGACUACUGUGACUCUGAAUCCAGAUUCUCUUCAUUCUGCUCCUGGUACUUUUACACCGUCUGAUUGUGGAAUAGUUGAUACAUGUACGGUUGUCGUUGUUCCACCUCAAACUACCACAGUCACCUCUCCACCUAAUAGUAUCAAUCCUGCUCCAGGUACUUUUACACCAAGCGACUGUGGAACGGUAGAUACAUGUACAGUUGUUGUUGUGCCGCCCCAAACCACUACAGUAACUCUGAAUCCGAACAGUGUUCUUUCUUCUCCAGGAACUUUCACUCCGACUGAUUGUGGGUUUAUUGCCACUUGCACGGUGGUUAUUGUUCCUCCGCAGACAACUACAGUUACCACUCCUCCAAACCGUGUUCAUUCUUCGCCCGGAACAUAUACUCCCACAGAAUGUGGAAAGGUCGUUACAUGUACGGUAGUUAUUGUACCACCACAGACAACUACUGUUACUCUGAGCCCGAACAGUGUGCUUUCAUCUCCAGGAACUUAUACGCCAACUGACUGUGGAAUAAUCGACACAUGUACAGUUGUUGUCGUGCCACCUCAAACGACUACAGUCACCACUCCACCAAACAGUGCUCAUCCCGUUCCUGGUACAUUUACUCCUACAGAAUGUGGAAAUAUCGACACUUGCACUGUCGUUGUUGUUCCACCUCAAACCACUACUGUGACUCUGAACCCAGAUAGUGUCCAUGCCAUUCCAGGAACUUAUACGCCAACUGACUGUGGAGUGAUUGACACUUGUACAGUUGUAGUUGUGCCACCGCAGACUACCACAGUCACCCUGGGUCCAAAUAGCUUACACUCUUUUCCAGGAACGUUUACGCCGACAGAAUGUGAACAUGCAGACACUUGUACAGUGGUGGUUGUCCCUCCUCAGACUACAACUGUUACUUCUCCACCGAAUAGCAUUAAUCCUGCUCCAGGAACAUUUACUCCUAGUGAUUGUGGAAUAGUGGACACAUGCACAGUUGUGGUUGUCCCACCACAAACAACCACAGUCACCCUGGGUCCAAAUAGUUUACACUCUUUUCCAGGAACAUUUACUCCGACAGAAUGUGGAAUAGUGGACACUUGCACCGUCGUUGUUGUCCCACCUCAGACCACAACAAUAACUGCAUCACCAAAUAGUAUUAAUCCUGCUCCAGGCACUUAUACGCCUUCUGACUGUGGAAAGGUUGAUACUUGUACUGUUGUCGUUAUCCCACCUCAAACGACUACUGUCACAGCUCCUCCUGAUAGUGCUCAUUCUUACCCAGGUACUUUCACUCCGUCUGAUUGUGGAAUAAUCGACACAUGUACUGUUGUCGUGGUCCCUCCUCAAACUACUACAGUCACUUCUGCACCAAACAGCGAUCAUUCUGCCCCAGGAACAUACACACCAACCGACUGUGGAAUAAUUGAUACUUGUACGGUACUUGUCGUCCCACCACAGACGACCACCGUAACUCUGGGCCCAAACAGUUUACAUGUCUCGCCAGGAACGUAUACUCCUUCUGAUUGUGGGAUUGUUGACACAUGUACGGUUGUUGUUGUUCCCCCACAAACCACAACAAUUACUACUCACCCAGAUAGUGUCAAUUCUGCUCCAGGAACAUACACACCAACUGACUGUGGGAAAAUUGAUACUUGUACAGUUGUUGUUGUUCCACUUCAAACUACCACAGUAACUUCUUCGCCUAAUAGUAUCAAUCCUGCUCCAGGUACUUUUACGCCUUCCGAUUGUGGAAUAGUUGACACAUGUACGGUGGUUGUUGUUCCACCUCAAACCACAACCAUUACUACCCAUCCAGACAGUACAUAUUCUGUUCCCGGGACAUUCACACCUACCGACUGUGGAAGAAUCGAUACUUGUACUGUGGUGGUAGUCCCACCCCAAACUACCACAGUCACCUCUCCGCCAGACAGUGUCUACUCUGUUCCAUCGACAUAUACUCCGACAGACUGUGGUGUGGUCGACACAUGUACAGUGGUGGUUGUAGUACCUCAAACGACGACUGUGACACAUAACCCAGACAGCACUUACUCUUCUCCCGGAACAUAUACUCCAUCAGAUUGCGGAGUAGUUAAUACGUGUACAGUUGUGAUUGUUCCACACCAGACAACUACAGUCACCACUCCUCCAAACAGUGUUCAUUCCUCUCCCGGAAUAUAUACACCUUCUGAUUGUGGGCAUGCAGAUACUUGUACAGUAGUUGUGGUACCACUUCAGACAACUACAGUGACACUGAGCCCGAACAGUGUACUUUCUUCUCCAGGAACAUUUACUGCCACAGAUUGUGGAUACGCAGAGACUUGUAUUGUUGUGGUUGUUCUCCCACAGACAACCACAGUCACACUGAAUCCGAACAGUGCCCAUCCUAUUCCUGGAACGUAUACUCCCACAGACUGUGGUGAAGUUGCUACAUGUACUAUAACGGUGAUCACACCAGAGUCUACUUCAUUCUGGCUUCCGACGUAUUCCAAUGUGACUUCCUCCACUAUCCACCCAUCCGUCGAGACGGAAACCCUGUCUUGCCUGGACAGCAUAUGCUCCAGCAGGGAAGAGAGCUCUUUUGGAAUCACUCUGACUGCAGACCCUAGCUCGAAUUCUCCAACGGUGAGUGGAAGCUCUGAAUUGAGUUUAACUUCUGACAUAACUUCCAGUUUUGACUCAAGUUCCGCAAGUUCGAGUAGGCCAAGUUCUGAAUUAAGUUCAAGUUCUGAAUUAAGUUCAAGUUCUGCAUUAAGUUCAAGUUCUGAAUUAAGUUCAAAUCAUGACUUGAGUUCAAGUUCUGCAACUUCGAGUUCUGCAAGUUCGACUACUGACUUUAGUCCAAAUUCUGACUCAAGCUCGAGUUCCCCAAUUUCGUCUUCUGAAUCCAUUUCAAGUUAUGACUCAACUUCAAGUUCUGCAACUUCAAGUUCAAGCUCUGCAAGUUCGACUACUGACUUUAGUCCAAAUUCUGAUUUUAGCUCGAGUUCCCCAAUUUCGUCUUCUGAAUCCAUUUCAAGUUAUGAAUCAACUUCAAGUUCUGCAACUUCAAGUUCUGCAAGCUCAAGUUCAAGUUCAAGUUCUGCAAGUUCGACUACUGACUUUAGUCCAAAUUCUGACUUUAGUCCAAGUUCUGACUUAAUCUCAAGUUUGCCACGUUUGUCUUCUGAAUCCAGUUCAAGUUCUGAAUUGAAUUCAAGUUCUGACGUAAUUUCGAGUUCCCCAAGUUCGAGUUCUGACUCCAGUCCAACGUCUGACUCUAUUUCAACCUCUAACUCAAGUUCAAGUUCUGAAUUAAGCUCGAGUUCCGCAAGUCCAACUUCUGACUCUAGUUCAACCUCUGAAUUUAGUCCAAGCUCUAACUUUCUCUCAAGUUCUGCCUCCAGCUUGAGUUUUGCAAGUUCGACUUCAGACUCUAGUCCAAUUUCUGAUUCUGGAUCCAGCUCAAGCUCUAACUUCGAGUUUACGUCCAGAUCUAAUUCAACAUUGAGUUCUAGCUCAAGUUCAGGCUUGACUUCGAGCUCAGGUCUUACGAUGAGCUCCACUUCUGGUUCCGGGUCCACAUCGUCAGAUUUUGUUUCCAGCUCAGCUUCAACCUCUUCGUCGAAUCCUAUUCUUUCUACUUCAAUUUCUGAAUCCGGCUUCUCUGGAGUAUUAUCCAGUACUGUUUCGGAGUCAUCCUCAGCCGAAGUAGUGACCUCUGAAUUUUCGUCCACUCUUUUGACUUCCAGUUCUGGAUCUGCUUCGACGUCAACUGUUAUUUCAUCCAGUGCUGAACCUGAAUUCACGUCCACUGAUCGCAUGACUUCUAAUCCUGAGUCUGAUUCAACUUCUAUGGAUUAUUUUACUUCCAGUCCUGAAGAAUCUUCCACCAUGACAUUCAGCUCCAAAGAAUCUCUGUCCACCGAAUUCAUAACGUCGAGGUCUGCUUCUGAAUCAUUUUCAUUCAGUUCUGAAGAACCUACGUCUACCCUUUCUGCUACAUCCACAUUUGCUGAUUCAGUUGCCUCCAGCUCUGAAACUUCAGGCUCAGCUUCUCACAGCUUGUUGAAUUCCAUUUCGGUUCCAGUUUCUACCUCAAGUUCUGCUCUGUCUAUCGAAACAGCCAGCUUCAGCACUGAUUCCAAUCCAGGUUCCAACAGCAUUUCUUCUAGUUUGUGCUCUAAUAAUGAAUGUGGAUCUGUUUCUCUCUCGCCCAAAGAACCCAUCACUACUUCAGAUGCAAGCAAUAGUCCUACUCUACCUGACAUAGUCAUCCACAAUACUUCCAUCCAUAUUACUCUUCCUACUACGUCAUAUGAGAUCACUGGCUCAGAAAGCACCAUUUCCCUGAUUUUGAGCAGGCCCACUUCCAACCCGCAGUCUGACACUGUGUUGGCACCGGAUUCCAACAAUGAUUUGACUGACAGAGUUUUGUCCAGUGGCCAAAGCAGCGACAGGAUCGUCCCCACUAUCACAACUAAAUAUAUCUCUGGUUCGAGUGGUCUAGGUUCCAAUGUUCAGAGUCCCGUGUCCUCUCUUGACAAGAUACCAGCCUCAGGCUCCAGUAUGCAUUCUUCUCUACUCACUACAGAUGAAGCCUCUAAGAGUUCCCUGGCUUCUUCUACAAUGAGGGCCUCCCAUAGUUCGAUUUUAGGCACUGAGCAACCUUCAGAUUCCGUCGAAGCCUCAUCAGUCUUGACUCACAAUUCAAUGGCCGGAGGAUCUUCUCUGCCGCACUCGUCAAAUUCUGGGUCUAUACCUAAAUCGGCUAGCUCCGGCAUUGGCAUUGCAUCUAUUUCUGGCGUCGACUCGGACUCGCAGGUCACUUUUGAAUCGAGGGCUUCAUCUCUCUUGGGUACUGCUUCUAUUCCUGGUGGCGCUAAUACACCAACCUAUGUCUUUUCAUCCAAUACAGGACAUUCCACGAUGAUCACAGUUUCCGAGGACUUUGGGAACAAGAGGUCGCUAAGUUUGUCUAUGUUGGCCAUCGUGUGUGCCUAUUUCGUCUAG